GUCUUCUGGCAGGUGAAGAGAAAGUCCAAAUAAAUCUGGUACUUUUCCAAGAUUUUCUUUAUUCGAAAACACAAACUUUCUUCAUGAUGAUCUUGGAAGGAGCAUUGUCUUUCUCGACAAUGUCCAACUGAACUUUGCUCGGGAAGACGAAGAGGAUCUGCUUUGAGUGGGAAGUUGUCUAGAAUAAAAUUGACUACUUUGUUUUUCUGCAUACCUGGUUUCACCACAAGGUGGCAGUACAAAACAGGGAACAUUGUUGGUGGAGACUGUCUUCCGGUCAGCGACGAUGAAGUUAGAAUAAAGCAAAAGAAGAAGACGGAGGCAUCUGCACUAAUCGAUGAAGUAUAGUACGUAGGGCAAUCAUGUCAUAUUUUUUUCAUUGAAUUUGUGUAUUGACGACAUACAGUGCAAUAUUACACCAGGACUACUGAGCACACAAUAUCUAGCUGAUCGCCAUGCUGUGGCCGGCUGUGACUGUCAUACGGCUAAAAGCGUUACGAUGCCUGUCGUGGUUGGGUCAGAGUGGGCAACGAAACGUCACUUAUGUUCAAGGCCAGAGCCCCGAACCUCGCAUUCGGGAGUACUUCUAUUACAUUGACCAUCAAGGACAGCUGUUCCUUGAUGACACUAAGAUAAAGAACUUCGUCACUUGCUUCAAAGAUCAAAAGUUCCUCGUCUUCUUCUUCAGUCGUCUACGGCGGAAUGAGAUGGGCCGCUACCAGGAUCACUUCCCUUUCCUGUCUCUGUGUGGGCGAGAGAGGAACUUCCUGCGCUGUGACGACCGCCCUCUGGUCUUCACCCACCUGUUGCAGGGCUCGACAGGGGUCGAGGGGUCAGAGAGUUCCCCUGAGUUGCUUUCGUUCUGUGGGGGAGAGGACAAACUGUCUGCGCCCUUUCAGCCAGCGUCAAUCUACAUGCAUCCAGGAAGUGGGCGGGUCUAUCACCCGUGCCCGGAGCGUCUAGGAGGCGUCGGCCUCAUACGGUCAGCCCUCGCCAUAGAGCUCAGCCCCUUCUUCAUAUACCCACCAGGAGAGAGCCAAUCAGGACAGCCGACGCACUUCCUAUGGGCGGGACAACAGCACGUGCUGACCAAUGAGUUGGCUGGAUGCUUCCCUCGUGAGGAGGAAGAUGGGUCUGGGGAUUGAGAAGUGGGCUGAUGAACUGAUGAGCAUUUAGGUUCAAUUCUCAGUGUUUAUUAUCCCAGUGUUACAAGCUUUCACUAUGUUGAGAUGUACACAAAAGCACUGGCUUCGAUCUUUGUUCAUUCAGGCCUGCUGAAAUCAAUAUGGACAGAGCUCUGUUUGCAGCUUGCCAUCAUAUGGUGUAGUUUUUGAAAUGCGAAUGAUUAUUCUGAUGAUCGUUUCGUUGAAUAAAGAUGUUAUAUUGA